AUGGUGAGGGUUUUGUACCCAAAAUAUAAGUUGCCUGGAAGAAAACACUUUUCAACUGUAGCUAUCCCGAAAGUAUAUAAUGAUACGGUUGAAAAGAUAAAGGCUGAAAUAUCUUCCAUACAGAGUUGUGAUAUCGCAAUCACUACUGACUGUUGGACAUCCAUAACCAAUACUCCUUUUCUAGCAGUGACUGCUCAUUAUAUUUCUAAUGUAUGGCAGCUUCAAAGUGCGUGUUUGAACUGCAAACAUUUCAUAGAGGACCAUACAUCAGAAAAUUUAAUUGAAAUGUUAAGUAGUACUUUAAAAGAUUGGAAUAUUGAUGUUAAAACAUUGCCCUCAAUAGCAUCUGAUAAUGGCACUAACAUUGUUAAAGCCAUCAGAGAUUUGAAGGUAAACCAGAUUUCAUGUUUUGCCCACAAUAUAAACAUUGGUGUCAACCAAUCUUUACAGCAUUCUUCCUUGAAGAGAGCAAUUUCUCGCUUGAAAAAGCUACAAAACACGAUUUCUCAUUCAUGGAAGAUGAAAAGAGACUUGCAGAGAGCUCAAGAGCAAUUGAGUAUGACUGUUGAAAGCUUGCCGAGUGCAUGUCCAACACGUUGGUGGAGCACAACAAAACUUUGCAGGCGAUUUUUGUCCAACCAGCUUCCUCUCUGCAAAGUUUUGCUGGAUUAUCCCUCCAGAAAACAAUGCUUGAGGGAUCUGAUAUCAAUGUUCUUCAAGAUUUUGUAA